CAGCUAAUUAAAAUCCGCUGCCCCGACCAAGACAGAGCGCCUGGCCCAGCGACCACGAACGAGGAAGCAAACGAACGCAUUCAACCCCAUCGGCCGACAUGGCCAAGCCCACGCACUUCGCGGCCAACGCUGAGCCGCUACAGAUAUUCCAGGAUGACUACUUUGACCAGCAGGCGCCAUCCAUCAGUCGAGCCCCGAUGCCCUCCGUCGGCAAGCAAUCGUCCCCCCGCCGGGCCCUGCAGAGCGCGAAUGGAAAUGUGGUCUUCAACCCACCGAAUGGAGGCGAAAAGCAGCACUCACCGUUCAAGGCGACUGGGCGUGCCUCCGCCUCUCCCAUGACUCCUCUCGGGUCCUCCCACGGCAAUAAACUCAAUGCCGUAUCCAUACUGCCCCCAACCUCUCAUGGGCAGACGACAGAUUCGAUGCAGAAGAAGCAACCGUUGAUGUCGCGAUUCAAGACGGUCGCUCAGAAGCCAACGGUGGACGGGAACGCGAAUUUCGGCAAGGAAAAUAUCCAUCCGACGUUGUAUCCAGCGCCGCCGACCUACAAUCUGAAUCUCGACAACAUUCACUACCAGAGCGCACCGCCUCGGAAGCGCGCACUGCUCGAGGCUACUAUGAGCCAGGACUCGAAGCCGGGAACGAAGGCGCCGAAGCUCGAGGAGUCGCUGCUGCCGCCCCCGGAUUCGUUCCCCCCCAUUGUCGACGAUGGGACGAAGCCUGGUCACAGCUACGCCCAACUCAUCGGCAUGGCCAUCCUGCGCGCCCCUCAGAGGCGACUCACUCUCUCCCAGAUCUACAAGUGGAUUUCGGACAACUAUUCCUUCUACCGCGCGAACGAUGCCGGCUGGCAGAACAGCAUCCGGCACAACCUCUCUCUGAACAAGGCAUUUAUCAAACAGGAGCGGCCGAAGGACGAUCCCGGAAAGGGUAAUUAUUGGGCCAUAGAGCCCGGCAUGGAGCAGCAAUUCAUGAAGGAGAAGCCGAGCCGGAAGUCGACGGCUACGAUAGAGAACACGCCUUUCAUGUCCAGUCGUAUCGAGCCUGCGCAUCCCGAGCCAGUCUCUUUCCCGGAUGGGCUCCCAUCGCUCCCCCCUGUGCUACCAGCGCAACCGCAUCCCUACAACCAUGAGUUGAUGCCGCCACUCGUCGCAGCCCAGCCCGCUCCUGAGGUGUCGUCUGACGCUACCAUUCCUCUCUCUGACAACACCGCCCCGGAGGAGCAAGCCGACAGGACCCACGAGCAAGACCUACCUGUGGAGAGUGGCACGUAUUCGCCCCACCCUGCCAUGCACUCGUCUCCUCCGAUUCCUCGCCACUUGGGAGCGUGCAGCAACACACCUCCUCCUAUUAAGAGAGAUCCUCCCUCGUCCAUUGUCCGUCAGCGCAACCACAAGCGCAAGCAUGCCUCUAUAGAUGCGUCUAUAGACGACAGCGGGUACAUUUCAUCUCUCGAGUCCUCAGUGAUGCGUCCUAACAAGGGUAGUCGCCUGCUCAGCUCGGGCACAGACCGCCCUCGGAUCAAGCGAGGACGGGCCGAAGAGGAGAUUGCUCGCCUCCGUGCCUCAUCUUACGACAGCCCUACCAAAAGCCGCUCACAUGACUACGCCCCCCCGUCCUCCUCGCCGUUGCGACAGGCCACCGACGCCAGCCACAGGCUGCCACCCUUGACGCCAGCUGUCAAGAUGAAGCCGCCCCCUAAGCCUCCGGCCUCGGUCUCGCCUAACACUAACCUCCGUAUUCACCGAGACAACGUACGGCACAUGCUCAACUCGCCUCUCCGUCGUGUGAGCAACAUGGAAGACAUGAUCCCGUGGAGCCCGGCAUUCGCUAUGGACGACCAACUGUUCAACUUCAACGAUUACAUCACCGACCCGUCCGAUUUUGACAUCUACCAAGACCCCAGCUUAGAUUCCUUCUUCUCGGCUGCGGACAACGGCUCGCCCCUGAAGCGCUCGGCUAAGAGGAUGCGCUUGGAUAGGUCUGUUUCGGCUAGUGCCCUGUGUGAAAUCACCAACUCGGUUCCUAAGCGGUCCAUCACGUCGGCCCCUCUGCUGAAGGCCCCCGCCUCGUCGCUGUCCCUGCCGUACGAUACGCCAAGCAAGGUCUUCGAGGACAUGUCCCCUCCCAGCAAACUCGUCUUGGAAUCGCCCAUGAAGAACACGCCCUCCAAGGGCGACUGGACGGGCCUCGAGGAGUUCUGCACGGCGCAGUUCUUCGACGACGACGGGGACGACGGCGCGGGCCUAGACAUCCUCCAGGGCUUCGAGAGGAUUGGUGGUAGCCAGCAGGGCGGCAUCGGCGGCGGUGCAUCUGCGUCUUCCAAAUCCUCGAAGCCGGCGCUGGGCCGUAGCUAUACGACUGCCUUCUAAGAUGUCCUGCUCGGCUCACGGCGUACCGUGGACUUCCCGUCCCACGAUGAUGAUGAUUACGACUAAUGACCGCAUUGCACCGCUUGCCCCUUUACCGACGCCCUCGACACGGCGAUUGUCGAGGACCGUCCUCUCCAUACGACGACUAUAGACCUACCAACCUACCUUCUCGCCUCACGGCCUUCUUGUCUAGUGUUUGGAAUCGUAAUGACGCCACGUGCCUCGGGUUACACAACACCACCACCACCCGGAGCUAUGCCUCCUAAAUGAGAUCUGGAAUGUCUUUCCUUCUCUUCUCUCAUUUUUACCGACUCGUAUUUGGACGUACCGUGCGGCGACAGGCUACCCCGUCGUACCUAGAUUAACCGCACGCGCGUUUUUGCUCUUGUUUUAUUUUUUCCCUUUUCCGUUACAAACUCUCUAAUCCCGAGGCAUACGGCACAGGAAGGGGGGGAGGCAUACGAGAAGGCGUUGGUCGGACGAGAAAGGGGGGAAGGGG